AUGAGUUAUAGAAAAGUGGCCAAUCAAAUCCCUCUACCAGUUCGAAAUGCUCUAAUUUCGAUCCAAAAUUGUAAACUUGAAUCAAACCCACCGUCAUUUCAACCAAAAUAUACUGCCAAACUAUCCACUAAUCUCAUCAAGGCUUACUUUGAUACUGGUUUACUUAAACAAGCACGCCAAGUGUUUGAUGAAAUGCCUGAACGAGACGUAGUUGCAUGGACGGCCAUGAUUUCUGGGUACACAGCUUGUAAUCGCCUCAACUUUGCAUGGAUGAUGUUUAAAGAUAUGAUGAGUGAUAGUUUGGAACACCCGAAUGAAUUCACAUUUUCGAGUGUUUUAAAGGCUUGUAAAGGCAUGAAAUCUUUUUGUCACGGUGCUUUGAGUCAUGGGCUGGCUUUGAGGCAUGGCUUUGUUGGUAGUAGCAUAUAUGUUGAUAAUGCUCUUUUGGACAUGUAUGCUACUUGUUGUAUUACCAUGGAGCAUGCUUGUUUGAUGUUCGGAGAGAUUCUUGUGAAAAAUCAGGUGUCUUGGACUACUAUUAUGACUGGAUUCACUCAUAGGAAUGAUGGGCUUGCAGCCCUUGAAGUAUUUCGACAAAUGCUUAUGGAGGAUGCUGAACAAUGCCCUUAUAGUUUCUCGAUUGCAGUCAGGGCAUGUGCAGGAAUUGGCUCUCUUACUUAUGGCCAGCAGAUACAUGCUUCAGUGUUCAAACAGGGGUUUGAUCUUAAUAUUCCAGUAACCAAUUCUGUACUGGACAUGUAUUGCAAGUGUAACUGUUUUCAUGAAGCAGAUGAGUGUUUUAAUGGCAUGAAGGAAAGAGACUCAAUUACAUGGAACACUUUAAUAGCAGGAUAUGAGAAGUUCGAUCCAGUGAAGUCUUUGCACAUGUUUUUGCAAAUGGAAUUUGUGGGUUGUACUCCAGAUUGCUUCACGUAUACCAGCGUUAUAGCAGCCUGUACUAACUUGUCAGUAUUAAGAUGUGGGCAACAGAUUCAUGGAGGAAUCUUCAAGAGAGGCCUUGAACAGGACUUGCCGUUGGCAAAUUCUCUGAUCGACAUGUAUGCAAAGUCUGGAAGCAUUGAGGAUUCGAGCAGAAUCUUUUGUGAAAUGUCUUGUCGGGAUCUUUUUUCUUGGACAUCAAUGAUGAUUGGAUUCGGGAACCAUGGAUAUGGAAAAGAGGCUGUUGAGUUAUUCAAUCAAAUGGUGAAUUCAGGUAUAAGGCCAGAUACAAUUGUGUUCAUGGCACUUCUUACUGCUUGUAGUCAUGCUGGUCUUGUUGAUGAAGGAUUAAGUUACUUUAAAUUGAUGACUAACGAGUACAAAAUUACCCCAGAUCAAGAAAUUUAUGCGUGCGCUAUUGAUCUUCUUGGUCGUGGUGGAAGGGUCAAGGAAGCGUAUGAUAUGAUACUCAAUAUGCGGUUCAAACCUGAUGAAUCUGUUUGGGCAGCGUUUCUUGGAGCUUGUAAAGCACAUGGGCAUCCAAUUAUGGGGAAGAUGACUGCCCAACAGGUGUUGGAUUUGAGGCCUAGGAAGGCGGGGAUUUAUGUACUGCUGGCUAAUAUGUAUACCGCUGAAGGUAAAUGGGGUGAUCGAGCCAAAAUGAGGACUUUGAUAAACGAAUUGGGGAAUAAGAAAGUGGCUGGUAGGAGUUGGGUGGAGAUCAAAGAUCAUAUCUAUAGUUUUGUUGCUGGAGAUGGUGGUGGUUCUCACCUAGAGUCAACGUAUCAGGUUCUUGGAAUGUUCGGUCGCCACAUGAUAGAGUGAAUCGACAUUUCUCAAGUUGAGAUGAAGAGGCCAGUUACCAACACAAAUUGGUUAAAUGCUAACCGGGUAAGAAUGCAGUCUGAGUAAGAGGUUCAGUCAAGGUAACAUUGACUGAAAAUGGCUUUUUACCAAGGAUUUUGUAGUGAGUGCUUAGCGAUAAAAUACCUUUAUCAUCUUGUGGUGACCUGGUAAGUGAAAUAAUAAUGCUGCCGGGUAGGUGCUUUGUCAGUACCAUCAGUCAGAUCAUUCUUUAGGUUAACUAGCUGAUGUCGACAGCAUCAGCCAUACUGACCGAGCAGUAGGUAGUAGGUAAACAGACCCUUACUGAGCACUAAUGC